AAAUGACGGCAAUUGGUAAAAAAAAAUCGGCGAGAUAAGAUAAGGACACACGCAAAUGUUGGUCCAGUUUUAGAAUUUUACCAGUAGCCUAUUUUCUGAAUUUAACACAAAAAUGAGGCAGCUAAUUUUUCUUUUCUUCGCUGUUAUAUCUUCAGUGAGUUGCAAGACAAGCAAAUUUCCUGAAGUGACGCUUUUCCACAAUGGCAAAGUGGGAGGAAAAACGUUGCAAUCCUUCGACGGCAGAGACUUUUUCGCCUUCCAGGGAAUUCCCUACGGAAAGCCUCCGGUCGGCGAGCUCAGAUUCAAAGCGCCGGAACCGGCCGAAUCGUGGUCGGGCGUUCUAGACGCGACAAGGGAGGCGAGUCCGUGCGCCCAAGUGCCUCUGAAUGGCGCCGAAAACUUUGUUGGAAGCGAGGACUGCCUCUAUCUCAACGUCUACACCCCAAAGUUGCCAAGCAAAGAGAACAGGGAAAAGUUGCCGGUCUUAUUUUGGGUUCACAGUGGCGGAUUUUACGCCGGCAAUGGCGGCAUGGACGAAAACGGACCAGAGUUUUUGAUGGACGAGGACGUCAUUUUGGUCACGAUCAAUUACCGACUUGGACCAUUUGGAUUUUUGAGUUCCGGUGACCAAAAAAUUCCUGGAAACUUCGGGUUGAAGGACCAGGCUUUGGCACUGACCUGGGUUCAGGACAACAUCGAGUUUUUCAACGGAGACAGGGAUAGAGUCACGCUUUGGGGCUACCGCGCCGGUGGUGCUUCCGUCGAGGCGCACUUGUUCUCCCCUCAGUCCUCAGGUCUCUUCAGCAACGCCAUUUACCAAAGCGGGAGCUUGGCCAACGAGUGUCUGUUGCAGGCAAAGCCGGCGCUCAUCCUGCAAGUGCUCAACUCUAUCGUCAAGUGCGACGAGCAUUUCAAGAUCGAAGACCAACUCGAGUGCCUUCGAAAGGUGCCGGCCAGCGACCUGGCCAAGGCCGUCAAUAAUUUUCCAUCUUGGGGCCAAAAAAUUCCACUGGCGUUCUCCGUGGUCCAAGAGUUGCCGAACCACUUGGACGGGUCGUGGGUCGAGGAACCCUUCCUGCCUGAGAAUCCGAACCACUUGCUAGCGGAAGGGCGCAUCAUCAACGACGUGCCCACCAUCACAGGACUCGUCAAAAAUGAAGCGGCCGCGUUGGGAAAUGCUUUGAAGCAAAAUCCAGACCUGCUGGGACAGGCGGACAAGAGCUUCAAAGACGUGUCCAGACUGGCCGGUUGCUUGUUCACGAUGAAGCCAAAGAAAGUGGCAAAAAUCAAGAAAUUCUACUUCGAGGAUAAAAGAAUCAACGAAAAGCAGACGGAUCGAUUUUUGGAAUUUGUGAGCGACUCGAUGUGGAACUGGGGUCAAGUCAGCACCGCCUUGAAGCAGGCGAAAGCGGCCAAGAGUUCGGUGUACUUUUACGAGUUCACUUUCGAGGGCCGCAUUAGCGAGGCGACAGCUUCGGGACUGAAACCCCUCAAAGGGGUGGCGCACGUUGACGAUUUGGCGUACAUUCUGCGGAGGCGCGUGCCCUUCCCCGACGGACAACCGGACGAACGCGAAAGAAACACUUUGAGGCGCAUGACCGGAUUCCUGGCCAAUUUCGCUCGGACCGGGAACCCUAAUGUGGAAAACAACGAGCUUUUCCCGGUCGAGUGGGAACCGGUGGAGUCGGAGAAUUUCAAAUAUUUGGAGAUCGACGAGGAGUUGACGAUGCGCGAGGGCUACCCCUUCAAAGAGAGGAUGGAGUUCUGGGAACGGCUCACCAAGAAGAAGCCAAAGGUUGAGAAAGAAGAAUUGUAGAUUGACAAAUUAAAUUUAACGUUGUGUUUAUUUAACAUAAUAUAAUUUAAUCAAGGCAGGCAGGGCUUUGCAAUUUUGGGGAA